GGGGGGUCUAUCAGCGUUCUCAAGUUGGGCAAUCAAAUCAGCCCGAUUGCGAGCCCGAUUGACUGUCUGUAUGUGUUUGAUUGUUCACAUCCACAACAAUCAAUCGGUGUAUUCCGAGCACGACGAUACCGCACUCGCGCUGCACAUGGCAAAACCGAUAAAGUGGAGCAUCCAGUAAUCUCAAGGGGUGGAGAAGGGAAAUGCAAUGCUUAUAAAACAUUGCGACACCGUGUCACGGACCCUGCAGUGCCCUUCGGUACCUUCGCGUAACAAGCAAGACAUUGUCACCAGCAGUCGACUGUAAGCUCGCGCUCUCUCUAUCAACCAGUAGCAGCAGCAGCAGCAGCAGCAGCAGCACCAGUCAACCUGUGAACCAGUACCAGUGCUACGCAAAAUGGACCACAACCAUGGCGGACCGGACGAUAUGGAGAUGGCUUGUCCGAUGCAGAUGUCGUUCCACGGUGGUAGCUGCGAAGUGAUCCUGUUUCCCAGCUGGGCCACCACCGAGGUCGGUGCGUUUGUCGGUGCCACGAUCGGGUUCUUCUUGCUGGCCUUCCUGUACGAGGGUUUGAAGUAUGGCCGGGAGCUGCUGCACGUUAACCAUACCGGCAAGCUCAGCCCAUCGGUGGCCGGCGUCGAGAAGCGUACGAUCAGGGAUGCCCUGCUGAACCGCGUACACAUCGUGCAGAGCCUGCUCCAUCUGGUGCAGGUGAUCGUGUCCUACAUCCUGAUGCUGAUCGUGAUGACGUACAACUACUGGCUGUGUCUGGCCGUCGUCCUCGGUGCCAUGGUUGGCUACUACCUGUUCGGCUGGGUGCGCAACAGCUCGGUCGAUCCCACUGAGCACUGCAACUGAGCCGGGGGCGAUAGCGCUGACCGCUCAGCACUAGCAGCACGAUACGAGACCGCUACCGCACUACCUCCACUUAUACACUUACUGCUCGACCCGGCAGUACUCGCAAAUAAAUCGCUUUCUACAAAUCUUCGAUAA